AUGCCCCCGCAAAGCCACUCGCAUCUUUCCCCCCAGUCCGACUACUCCCUCCUCUCCAGCCUCGACGCCCUUUCACUUUCUUCCGCCCUUUCCAAAGUCGACUCGCGAGCUGGGACCUCUUCAGCGUCGCUGUCAGACCGCCGAUCUUCCCAGGACGACUAUGAAGUGAUCAGCCACCCAAGUUCGGGCAGACAUACCACUCUCAAUGUCCACCUCAACAUGGAAGAGACGUCUUCUCUCGCCACCAAGACGCCCACGGGCUCAACGGGGUUCGCAGCAUCAGACUCGGCAGCACCGGCGGGUAAAUCAAAAUACGCUCGUAGGCGUGAGAGGUUGCGGGCCCGCAAGGAUGCCGAUCUCCCCGAGGGCUCUACGAGCUCUGAGAUCUCAUCACAGGUCACAGGCCAUACCGAGUCUUCUGCUUCUGCUGUGUUUGUCCAAUCCAGGGUGCCCGUGUCACCCAAACCCGCGUCCGUGUCUGUUCCGCCACCAAAAGCCUCUCCCUCCAAGCUCGCCGAAGUCCUCGCCAGAUCUGACAAGGAUCCAGAGAGGCUGUCCAAGUCUGCUUCUAGGCGGGCCAGGAAAUGGGCUUUGAAACAGGCUCAGGCGGCGAACAAAGGCGGAAUUUUGGCGUCUGGUUCUUCCAGCGGCGCUUCCGGACUCGGCGGAUCCUCGCGCUUUGGCGGGGUAGCUUCAAACAACUUUCUUUCCGUCCCUUCAUCCCAUGUGGCUCCAUCUCUGUCACUUGAUUCUAGUCUGGAUGAUACGAGUGGGAAGGGCAAGACUCGUCGUUCCCGAAGGGGUGGCAAACAGAACAAACAGAGGGCCGAGCGGCUUUCGGAGACGCGGGAUUCUUCCGAGGCCGAUUCUGUUCUCGACACCGAUGAUACUGCUUCUGUGACGACCACAGGGACUACCAGUCGAUCGAGAACGCCUACGGGGAGUAGCGCUAACUCAGGGAGAAGACGGGUCUUGGCUUGGGAUGAUGAAGACGAGGACGACUCUGAAGAUGACGAAGGUGGUCGGGCGACACCUGUCGCCCAGAGGAGGACAGCUCCCAGUGUAUUGAGCGCGAGCGAUGCUUCUUCGUCCAUCAACAGUUUUUUGACCGACCCUCGAAACUUUAUGAUGCUCAAGGAGAACAAGCUUCGACUGUGGCAAUCGCUCUGUAUUGAGUUCGGCUUGGUCAACCUCGAAGAAGACCUCCCCGACCUUCCCGUCCGAAAUACACCACAACGCCCUGUACAACGCCCCCGAGCCGAUACUGCUUCUUCUUCAUCUACCAUCACUUCCAGCUCCACAGCCACAGAACUCCCAGUCUACCCCCUCCCUCGUACCCUCAACCAAGCUCGCCGUAUCCUCAAAGAACAUGCCCAUGUCAAUCUCGUAGACUACUUUGAAGCCCGAAAAGUCGGAGCUCCCGCUUUUGUGGGGGCGUACAAGGAUCUGCUGUGGCCGACCCCUUCGGCGUUGAGAAGGUAUACGCGCGGGGAAGGUAAGUUUGCGGUGAAGGACGCGGUGAAGGAUGAGUGGCUGAACCCGCUCAUGCGCGACAUCUUGCACUUUUCUGCUGGGAAAAAGUAG